AUGACUUCCGGAACUCCAGAUUCGUCCUUCAAACUUAGCGGCUCCAGCAAAAAGUCCAUUUUUGAGCGACAAAAGGCCGAAGCUGAGGCGAAGAAGGCUCGAGAAAAAGCAGAGACAGCAGCCGUCCUCGAGGACUUUGUCAAAAGCUUUGAAGACGAUGGAAAUCCUAAUACCUUUACCACAAAACGAGGUGGCUUUGGAGGCGGACUUCCGAGCAGCACCUUCGGACCUGGCCCAGGGAAACGACAUUUCACAAGCUCAGGAUUGAAGAGUGGGCCUGGCAGUCUGGGACCAGCGCCGUCUUUGCCAAAGAGUGGCCCUGGGAGUUUGGGACCAUCGCCAAGCUAUGGCAGGAAAAGACACUACGAUGACUACUCUGGAGGACGAGAACGCGACCAGGACCGCGGUCGCGACAGAGAUCGAAGGGACAGGAUGUUCUCGUAUGGUGAUCGCGAUCGCGAUCGCGGGAGAGACAACACAAUAGAUCCCGCAUUUUCAGGGGAAGAAGACGAGUCCAAGGAUGUAGAGGAGAUGAAGGCUGCGGCAAAACCAACACUACAUCUCUCUUCCCUUCCUCCAGGAACGUCUACAGCGGUCAUAAAGGGCUUGUUCGCUGCUUCUCCGCUGAAUGUGGACAAUGUGCGCAUUCUACCAAAAGCAUCAGGAUCGCUCCACGAGAGGAAUUCUCUCUCGGCAAUCGUAACACUAGCCGCUGAGACUCCAGCCACUGACAUUGACACCGUAAUCUCCCAUCUGCAGAAUCAGUAUCUCGGAUUUGGCUUCAACCUCUCUAUCUCCCGACACCUUUCGUCCGCAGCAUUAUCAGGCUCGCAUCUAUUAAAUGCUCCACCAACGAACAUCAACAACCUUCCCUUUGGUGCACGGCCAAUCCCUCAACACACCUCACUCUCUCGAGCCCCUCCACCGAAUCAAGGGCCAGGUCGCUUCGCUCCCCCGGCAUCAUAUACCUCUUCGACUCCGUACGGAUCUAGACCCAAUGUUCCACCAACCCAGGUGACUGUCCAGAUUCCCAACGACCUUAAACAGAUCCGCCUGAUCAACAAAACUAUCGAGGCUCUCUUGACGUACGGACCUGAAUUUGAAGCUCUACUCAUGUCUCGACCGGAAAUCCAGCGAGAUGAACAGUGGGCCUGGCUGUGGAAGUCCGGGUCGACAGGAGGAGUCUACUACCGCUGGCGGCUCUGGGAGAUUCUCACCAACGCCAAGUCCCGAAAACGUCGCCAGCGAGCAGGCUUUGUAACUCGUGCUCAAGGCGACACCAUCUUCGAAGGUCAAAGCGUAUGGGUCCCGCCGGAAGAAACUCUCAAGUUUGAGUACACGACCAAAGUGGAAGAAUUCGUCAGCGACGAAGACUACAAUUCUUCAGACGAAGAGGAUGCCGAAGAAAGUACCCUCGCCAGACGAUACCACGACCAUCAGAAAGUCGGCGGCAAUGCACCCGAGAAUGCCACCGAUACCGACGGCACAGGCUAUCUGAACCCUCUGGCCAAGACGAAACUUGUUCAUUUGCUGUCUCGACUUCCUGACUCCAACGCAAAGCUACGCAGAGGUGAUGUAGCCCGCAUUACGGGGUUUGCCAUUGAACACGCCGGCGCCGGAGCAGACGAAGUCGCCGCUCUCAUUACGCUGAACGUCGUCAAACCAUUCUGCCACACGGUCACAAGACCAGACACAUUAUCAUCCGGUCCCGCUUCUAACGACGGCUACGACGAUCAGAACCCUGACGAUAAUAUUCCAUCUCUUAACCCCGCGCCUUCUGCUGAUGCCGUCCCUAUCACUGGUGGCGGUGGCGGUGGUACUACGGCUUCUGGAGCCCCUGGGGAGGCUGAGCUUAGUAAAACCGGAGACGACGUAGGCGUCCAGACGUCCAAGGUUCAAGACAUGACUCCUUCGUCUUUGGUCGGACUGUACGUCAUCUCCGAUAUUCUCUCGUCGUCGGCGUCUUCUGGUGUCCGCCACGCGUGGCGCUACCGCUCCCUCUUCGAAACCCAGCUGCGUGUCCAGGGUGUCUUUCCCACGCUGGGCCGCGCCGCACGCGAUCUCAACUGGGGCAAAUUGAAAGCCGACAAGUGGCGACGCAGCGUUCAGAGUGUGUUUUCGCUCUGGGAAGGCUGGUGUGUGUUCCCGUCCGCGGCGCACGAGCAUUUUGUUCAGGGUUUCCUGAAUCCUCCUCUCACGGCGAAGGAAGAGGAGCAACAACGCAGACAGCAAGAGGCUGAAAGGGUCGAGAAAGAUAGGGCCGAAAAGGCCGAGAAGGACAGAGCCACGAAGUGGAAGAGUGUGAGUGUGGGUGUGGGUGUUGAUGAUGGAGGUGGAGGCAGAGAUAGAGACGGUGACAUUGAUAUGGACAUGGACACGGCCAUGGCAAAGGGAACGACGAGCAUGGAUGGACGGCCCAUGGACGAUACCGACGAGGACAGCGACAAUGACAAUGACGGCAUCGUUGUUGUUCAGCCUGAUGAAGACCUCGACGGUGUGCCUAUGCUGGAUAGCAGCGAUGACGAGGAGAAUAUCGUUGUCGAUCAACAGCUACAGAAGGAGGGAGAGGAAGAGGGGAAGGACACUGUUAUGCAUGACCAUGACCAUGACCAAGGACAAGAGCUGAGCGAGGCGAGGGACACGCCGAGAGCAGAGACAGGGACAGGAUCAAAAAACGCAAACGCAAACGCAAACGCAAACGCAAACGCAAGAGAACAACAGCAACAGCAGCUGAAUCCCCAGGGAAAGGCCAAGGGAGUAUUGCCACACAACCCCACCGCCACCAGCUUUCCUCAACUCCCUCAAACCUCCCAGACUGGUCGUCGCGUACGUCCUAGGGCGGCAGACUUUGACGACAUGUUUGAGUGA